AGACUUGUAAUUGCCUGGAUCGGAAUAGUACAUUUGUAGUAGAAGUAUUCUGAGGAUGUCCUUACCAACGUUGGCCUCGUGCCAUCGUUGCCUUCAUGUCGCAGCUGUACGAAACUCAUCAUCGCUCUCUAAGCUGCCAUGGCGAAAGGAAGCAGAACAGAUCGUGGGCUAUCCAACUUCUUUCCUCAACCUCAGAUAUUUGUUGAGUGACGAAAUUUCAAAUGUUGUUGGUCAUCUUCGUAAAAUGGUCGGAACAAGACAUCCCCUGCUGAAGACAGCAAGGAAGCUUCUUGAUGACGAAACUGGCUUCCAGAGUCGUGGAAUCACUAUUUUGCUGAUGUCCAAAGCUCUGGCGAGUUCUUCACAGAGCCAGACCUCUAAUACAAAUGUUCAGACUAAUCCUAGUGGGAUACUGCCCCAUCAGCGUCACCUGUCCGAGAUCAUUGAGUUGAUAUAUACAGCUGAACUGAUCCAUGACAAUAUUGUAGAUGUGGAGUUGGCAGCUCAUGGUGAGUAUCCACAGGAGAGCCAACAACUGACAGCUGAACAGCGUGCAGAGCUAGCAUCUGGUAACAAGUUAACAGUUCUGCUUGGUGAUUACCUGCUUGCGAAUGCAUCGUCUGGCUUGGGCAAGCUGUAUAACACUGAGGUGGCAGAGAAAAUAUCACAGGCACUAUCUGAUAUGAAAGUAGCAGCCUGUCUGCGGCAGAGUUGGCAUGUGGCGGCACCCAAUGACCGGUACAGCCUGUCCGAGCCACUAUUCACAUCGCAAACGAAUCACAUCACAGCAGCACCAGGCACUUGCCCAAUCGUGGACGAGCCAGCGUCGCUGAAGAACUGGAUACGCUGGGUGCGCCUAGCACACGGUAGUCUACUCUCACAUGGCUGCCAUGGCACUGCUUUGCUGGCUGAUGCACCAGUGGAGAUGCGUAGGAAAGCUGGCGUGUAUGGCUGGCACUUGGCUAUGGCUGAUGAGCUGCAUUCAGAGCUACAGCCCACUUCUAUGGACUCCAGUUCCCAGAUAGCACCCGGCUUGUUACGUAGCCUUUGUCAGGAUGAGAGUGAGUUUGCAGAGGCCCAGCAGAGAAUACCUCCAGUACAGAAGUUCCAUGCGACAGCUGCUAUCGACUCACUGGAAGCCUUUCCUCCGUCUGAUGCUCUGCAAGCACUGAAGAGAAUGGCAGAGGAGCUGACGUGAGUGCCACCACUGGAGCAGAGACGAGUUCCGAAUCUACUACACGUGUAGUCCAAUGCUGCCGGUGUUUACCGCAGGUGCAUGCCAAGUCAUGCCGGUGCCUUUCAUGCACUGUGUUGAGCAUUGACCGUCGACCGGUCCACAUGCGACACAUGUAGCAUCAUCCUUGAGAGUGCCAGGUUUGGCUGCCUGCAUUGCAAACCACCAAGCAUACAGUGGCGAUAUGCUUGCCCACUUCACUGACACAGUGGGGUAUGCCCUUUGGCGGCAUAUGGCGAUGUCAUAAUGAUCUCAUUGCCUUGAUUCUCAUAUCCUUACAAGGUGAAGUGUGAGAGAGUGGAUAGACUAGUGGCACAUGGUACUGGGCAGGCCUAGCCAUAGACAGACAAUCACACUUACUCAUGGAUUUCAAUAUUCUCUGAUGACUCCACUUGACCUGGACCCAUACAGUCAUUAUAAUAACUCAUCAGAGCAAAGCACUGAAUUAUUUGUUGGUUCAGUAAACCCCAGAUUGUUUUACUGGUAGAGAAUAUUCACCUCCAUCGUUGGCGAUGUAGGCUCCUUUCAAAUAUAAUUAUGAUGCUGUGUGAUGAGUUGUGCCAGCUUCCAAACUCAGACAGUGAACUACAUUCUGAUAUUGUCAGACCCUGCUUCUACAAGUCAGCAUCUGGCAUUGCGGUGCCGAUUUUAACCCAAUUUUAGAUCGGCAGCUACUUUCACUUUGUCAACUAUUUUAUGUUCUGUCUUUCAGAUCAUGAGGAGAGACCUGUAUUCUGGUAUAUGCAUGAAAGUGAUACAACCAGCAUCACCAAUUCACCAUUAUCACAUCCAUUACUAACCAGGAAGCCCUGCACAUGUGCAUGUGUAUGGUGCCAUGAUUAGUGCUUGUUCUGCACCUGUGGAAAGUUGGAAACCUC